AUGUCUUGCAUUGGAGGGCUGGAGCAGCAGACAGGGCCCCCUGUGGACAUCUCUGCCUCUCUCGUUGGCGCCUGCAGGCCCUUGGACUUGUCCAGGAUGGAGAGACAGCGAAAGGACUUGCAGCGCGGGGAGGCCCCCAGGUCAGAGGAAGUGCAGCAUAACAGUCUUACUACUGAUGUGCUGGAAGACUGUGUUGGGCCCCGGUGGGAUGAGAAGCGACAUAUUUGUUUAGACUUUUCCUCCCCGCUGUUUUUUCUUGAAACCCUCACGGGGAGGGACGGAGGCCUCUUGAACCCGCGGCUAAAUCUGAGCAAUUUGCUGACACUGGACAUUUCCAACAAUGCAUUGGCCGACAUCGACUCGGUGUUGUCUGUACACAACGGCUUCAAGCGGCUUAAAAAUCUCAAAGCGGCCCACAACCUCAUCACGCAAGCAGACCUCGACCUACCGACGUUGGCGCACCUCGAUUUGUCCUUCAACCAACUGAAGCGCCUGCCCAGGUUUGAGGGAAUCCGCAACACUGAAGAACUCCUCCUCUCCAACAACAACAUCAGCGAUUCGGAGCUGCAAAGCUUUGUGCUGCUGGGAAAUCUACGCGUGUUGGAUUUGUCUUACAACAUCAUCAGCACUCUGCCUUCAAACUUCGUUCAAGAUCUCACCUACCUCAAGGGUCUUACGAAGCUCACGAAAGUUGAUUUUCGAGGGAACCCAUGCAGCGCGUGGUUCCCAGAGUAUGCGGCGGUCUUAGUGGGGAAUGCAGUUGCCAGCGGACAGCACCUGCAGCAACUCGACGCAGAGGCCAUUGCUCCGCGUUCGGAAAAAGAAAUAACGGACAUGGCAGCUCAUGUCAUUGCAAACGUGGACCAAUAUGACUCCACCUACAUUGAGCGUCAAGAGGCUGAAGCUACACGCCCCCGGCUAGCCAAAUACGCCAUAAAGACAGCUCUCGCUGGUGAUGAUGGAGACGCCACGAUUGGACGGCUCUCGGGAAUCUUAGAGAAACUCUUGACUGUCUCCUCAGCUGCCUCGGCUGAGCUCGACCGCCAGGUGUUUAGUUUUUUGGUAGGCCUUUUUUGCUGUUGUUUUGCCGAUCAGGUGCAUGCGAUGGAAGAAGAUGAGCGGAGUACAACAUUCUGGAGGCAACAGCCAACUUCCGAUAAAGCCAGAAGAGCCGCGGCUAUGGACUUGGUGCAGAAGGCUCAACUGGCCCUGGAAGUCUGCGAUGAAGCUCGACCCCUUAUCCUGCGUGGCCUAGGCAGUCUGUGCAUCGUCUCGGAAGGCUCUUUGGGGCACAAGUUGGCAGGUGUAUUGGCGCAAAUGGCCAAACAAGAAUUUGCAUCGCAGGCAGAAGGAGACACGGGAGGACAGGCAGCAGAAGUUCUAGCAGAGAUCGUCGUACCCUCCCUCAUGGAGGUGGCCGAUCAGGAGAAGGUGGUGAUGGAUGUGCUGACGGGGCUCACAGAAGGGACGGAGUCUCUUGCCAUGGCUGUCGCCCUCAGCAGCUGCGUUUCCCUCCUGUCGGACCUCCUGACUCUCUCAGGCCCGACUCUGUAA